UCUGGCACCUCCAAUAAAAGUGUUUAUUAUUUUUAAGUGCUAUUAAUAUAUUGUUGUUGGAGAACUUAAAACAUUUAAAAAUAAAUCACAUAGAUCAAGAACUCCCCAAAAUGGUGUACAUACACUUUCCUAAUAAUCUAACGGAGGAAGAGCAGAUGCUUCAAGCAAAAUACCAAAAACUGAAGAAAAAGAAAAAAGCUUUACAAGCCCACAAAGCACCGAAGCAGGAGCCAGAGAGCGCUCUUACAUUGAAACGGCCAACAGAUGCACGUGAUGCGCGGGAAGUGGCACGUAAGCUAAUCAAAAGCGGAGCUAUUCCCGCCAUACAAAAACAGCAAACAAAGCAGGACCAAACCUCAUUCAAGCGCCCGAAGGGCCAGGAGCGUGCCAAACGUUCCACCUCAGAGACAAGUGUGGCUGCUUACCAACCGUUUUCAUCAACACAGAACGAUGUGGCACAGGAGACCAUAAUAAGUGAAAUUAUAAAAGAGGAGCCACGCCGUCAGAAUUUGUACCAACACUUUGCUACGGAACGUGAUCGCGAGGAACGUGGCUUGACAGAGAAGGUGACGCUAGAUGCAACUCAGCCGGAGAAGCCACGAGCUGGCAAUACGAUAUUCGUAUCGGGCAACAAGGUGACAGAAGAAUUCCUUAAGAAAACGUUCAACGAUUAUGGCACCAUCGUCAAUGUAUCUAUGGAGAUUGAGAAGAGUCGCGGCUUCGUUUCGUUCGCUAAGCCCGAAUCAGCGGAUCGCGCCAUAGCCGAAAUGCACGGCAAGAACGUGAAUGGAAUUAUGCUACAGGUGCAACUGGCUCGCCGCCAGCCACAGAUCGAGCCUAUUAAUGAUGCUUCAUCUUCAGCUGUUUGGUCUUCUAUAGCGGCCAGCAAAUCGCAAAAGGGAAGUCACAAGGACUUGCGACAAAUGGUUCAAUAUGAUGAUGAUUUCUUAAAGUAACCUAAUCUUUUGCAUAAUUACGUUUUCUUAUAAUU